AUGAUCUGGGAGCCCGUUGGCAGCAACAAGAGACCCUGGUGCCUCACUCUCACCGUGACUCAGUUCAGCUGCAGCAAGGUCCCAGCAGCCCUGGGAGCUUGGCAUCUGUCCAGGCCGUUGUAUCUGGGGGCCGUGGUGCCCCUGUCCAAUGACAUUGCCAAGGUGACCUGUGGCAUGAGAGUCCUGUUUAAGCCAGAGACCACCGAGGUCCAGGAGCUGUCCCUUUGCUAUGGGGGAAUGGCCAACAGGACCAUUUCUGCUCUCAAGACCACCCAGAGGCAGCUGUCCAGGUUCUGGAAUGAGGAGCUGCUGCGGGAUGUGUGCGCAGGCCUGGCAGAGGAGCUGCAUCUGGCCCCAGAUGCCCCCGGUGGCAUGGUGGAGUUCCGCCGCACCCUCACCCUCAGCUUUUUCUUGAAGUUCUACCUGACGGUGCUUCAGAAGCUGGGCAAAGAGAUCCCCGAAGAUAGGUGUGGUAAACUGGAGCCCACCUUCGCCAGUGCCACCCUGCUUUUUCAGAAGGACCCUCCGUCCAACAUCCAGCUCUUCCAAGAGGUGCCCAAGGAUCAGCCCGAGGAAGACAUGGUGGGCAGGCCCCUGCCUCACCUCGCUGCGGGCAUGCAAGCCUCGGGGGAGGCUGUGUACUGUGAUGACAUCCCUUGCUAUGAGAACGAGCUGGCGCUCCGGCUCGUCACCAGCACCCGCGCCCAUGCCAAGAUCACGUCCAUAGACACCUCGGAGGCUAAGAAGGUGCCAGGCUUUGUUUGUUUCCUCUCAGCAGAUGAUAUUCCUGGGAGCAAUGUGACGGGCAUUUGCAGUGAUGAAACAGUCUUUGCAAAAGAUAAGGUCACCUGUGUUGGACAUGUCAUUGGUGCUGUGGUCACUGACACCCCAGAGCACGCACAGAGAGCUGCUCUUGGGGUGAAGAUCACCUACGAAGACCUUCCGGCCAUUAUCACAAUGGAGGAUGCCAUAAAGAACAACUCCUUCUAUGGCUCUGAGCUGAAGAUCGAGAAGGGAGACCUCAAGAAGGGGUUUUCUGAAGCUGACAACGUUGUCUCAGGGGAGCUGUACAUUGGUGGUCAGGAACACUUCUAUCUAGAGACCAACUGCACCAUUGCUGUCCCAAAAGGCGAGGCAGGAGAGAUGGAGCUCUUUGUGGGAACACAGAACACCAUGAAAACCCAGAGCUUCGUGGCUCAGAUGCUGGGUGUUCCCGCAAACCGGAUCGUCGUGCGGGUGAAGAGGAUGGGAGGAGGCUUUGGCGGGAAGGAGACCCGGAGCACUGUGGUGUCCACUGCUGUGGCUUUGGCUGCCUACAAGACAGGUCGCCCUGUGCGCUGCAUGCUGGACCGUGAUGAGGACAUGCUGAUAACUGGUGGUAGACAUCCUUUCCUGGCUAGAUACAAGGUCGGCUUCAUGAAGACCGGGAAGAUUGUGGCCCUGGAGGUAGAUCACUUCAGCAAUGCGGGGAACACCCAGGAUCUCUCUCAGGGUAUAAUGGAACGAGCUCUGUUCCACAUGGACAACUGCUAUAAGAUCCCCAACAUCCGGGGCACUGGGCGGAUGUGCAAGACCAACCUACCCUCCAAUACAGCUUUCCGGGGCUUUGGGGGGCCUCAGGGAAUGCUCAUCGCUGAGCAUUGGAUGAGUGAAGUCGCGGUGACCUGUGGGCUACCUGCGGACGAAGUGCGGAGGAAAAACAUGUACAAAGAAGGGGACCUGACUCACUUCAACCAGAAGCUCGAGGGCUUCACCUUGUCCAGGUGUUGGGACGAGUGCCUAGCCAGCUCUCAGUACCAUGCUCGGAGGAGUGAGGUCGACAAGUUCAACAGGGAGAAUUGUUGGAAAAAGAGAGGACUGUGUAUAAUCCCAACCAAGUUUGGAAUAAGCUUCACUGUCCCUUUUCUGAACCAGGGAGGAGCCCUGGUUCACGUGUACACGGACGGCUCCGUGCUGCUGACCCAUGGGGGCACAGAGAUGGGCCAGGGCCUUCACACCAAGAUGGUCCAGGUGGCCAGCAGAGCUCUGAAAAUCCCCACAUCCAAGAUUUACAUCAGCGAGACCAGCACUAACACUGUGCCCAACACCUCGCCCACGGCUGCGUCGGCCAGCGCUGACAUCAACGGUCAGGCCGUCUACGCAGCCUGUCAGACCAUUCUCAAAAGGCUGGAACCCUUCAAGAAGAAGAAUCCUAAAGGCUCCUGGGAAGACUGGGUCACAGCUGCCUACCUGGAUGCCGUGAGCUUGUCUGCCACUGGCUUUUAUAAGACCCCCAACCUUGGCUACAGCUUUGAGACAAACUCUGGCAAUCCCUUCCACUACUUCAGUUAUGGGGUGGCUUGCUCUGAAGUAGAAAUUGACUGCUUAACAGGGGAUCAUAAGAACCUCCGUACGGAUAUUGUCAUGGACGUUGGCUCCAGUUUGAACCCUGCCAUUGACAUUGGACAGGUGGAAGGAGCAUUUGUUCAGGGUCUUGGCCUCUUCACGCUGGAAGAGCUGCACUACUCCCCGGAGGGCAGCCUGCAUACCCGCGGGCCCAGCACCUACAAGAUCCCUGCAUUUGGCAGCAUUCCUGUUGAGUUCAGGGUGUCCCUGCUCCGUGACUGCCCAAACAAGAAGGCCAUCUAUGCCUCCAAGGCCGUCGGAGAGCCACCUCUGUUCUUGGCUGCCUCCAUCUUCUUUGCCAUCAAGGAUGCCAUCCGCGCCGCGCGAGCUCAGCACCCAGAAUAUAAUGCAAAGCAGCUUUUCCAGUUGGAUAGCCCCGCCACCCCGGAGAAGAUCCGCAACGCCUGCGUGGACCAGUUCACCACCCUGUGUGUCACCAGAACACCGGAAAACUAUAAACCCUGGUCUCUGAGGGUCUGAUGAGAAUCCUCAGCAGUCUCCAUGUGCCACAGUGAAUCUUCCGUGAAGCAGGGGGCCU